GGAGAUCAUCGAUCACUGGCUUGCAAUGUCACUUCGGUGUUGUCCACACUUCUUCUAUAUGCUGGAGCUAUCUAAAUGACGCUUCCCAUCCACCCACGCUGGUUUGCGCUCGUUCCCCUUCUUGGAAUGGUCAUAAAUGUGAGCCGAUCGAAUAUAUGAAGGUGGCUUCGGUGGGGUUAAUCAACUGGCAGAGGCAGAUGAGUUGAUUGCUUGAGUGAUCUUUUUCUUAUCUGACACCACGAAGGAUGAGCGAGGAAGAUCCAUCCGGGAAGCUUUCUGCUACGCAGCACUUGCGAUCAUUUGAUGUCCAAUCAUCAUCAGCACCAUCAGAAGGCCGCACGUCAAAUGGAGCGAAGAAGUUGAUGAAAUGGCUCGGCUUCCGCCUGCCCUCCUCACGAAAGGUUGAUGUCAACAGAGAAGCUGGUUUACCCUCAACAGCAGCACCCAGAGGUGAGGCUCAAGGAGGAGAGGGGCAGUGUCAUUUUGGUUCAUGGUCAUUGCUGCAGGGCCUUCCUAAGUGCGCAGCUGCAUUGAAAUCUGAGUGUGCAGUUGCGGCAGCAGAGCUGCCUGCAGCCCCUCAGACUGCUGCCUUUGCAGUUGCGGUGAAGGGGCAUCAUACAGAUGGGUGUGAUCAAGUGAAGACGGGCAGGGUGCACAGAUGGGAGAGAGGGAGGUUGCUGGGUGUGGGGACGUUUGGUCGCGUCAACCUCGCUGAGGAUCUUGAGAGCAAACAGUUGUUUGCUGUCAAGACUGUUCCAUGCUAUGCCAGCUUGCCUGCCAGCCGGAAAGCUGUUGCAGCUCUGGCACACGAGGAAGAGAUGCUUGGGCAGUUGAGCACUUGUGCUCACGUCAUUCGUUGCUUGGGCUCUGACUUGAGUGUGGAGCCUGAUGGAGCCAUUGCGCACAACUUGUUUCUUGAGUACAUGUCUGGUGGAAGUGUUGCAGACCUUCUUAGUCGGGAUACCGCCAGGCUGGGACACUCGUCGUCGUCUCGGGCUGGAGGUGGUCCCCCACUCGAUGAAGAGCUCGUUCGACAAUGCACCAAGGGCAUCCUUAAGGCAUUGGAUGAGGUGCACGCUUACGGGAUUAUACACUGUGAUGUGAAAGGUCAGAAUGUUCUCAUCUCCUUCCAGCAAGAAGACAGUCUAAAGCAAACCCUUCGCUUGGAUAAUUUGGAGGAAGAGGAGGGGUUGAAGGAGGAUGUGGUGGUGAAGAAGAACAUUGAAGGCGAGGGUGAGGAUGAGGAGGAGAAGGAGGUGGAAUUAGUAGUGAAGUUGGCGGACUUCGGAGCUGCCAAGUAUUUCAGUUUGGACAGUAACAAUUCUUAUCAGUCAGGGAGACGCCUUGCUGCCACGGCUUCCUCCGGCCUUCAUCCUCCUCCUCCUUCUCCUUCCCUCUCCCCCAGCUCGCAAGAGGCUUUUUGCUGUCAUCAUAUUCAUCAUCAGCAUCAGCUUCGGGUUGAUCUCCCUGGUUAUGGCUCAAAUCAUCCUUUGUCAAAUCAGCCAAGUCGAGGCGGAUGGCUUGAGUCUCUUCGCGGGACCGUCCAUUGGAUGGCCCCUGAAGCUGCCCGGGGCACGCCACUUGGCCCCAAGGCCGACAUCUGGUCCCUUGGCUGCACUAUCAUCGAGAUGGCUACCCAAGAGCCGCCGUGGCCACACAUCCCUGACCCCAUGGCCACUCUCUACCAUAUUGGAUGUACAGACGAGAUCCCGGCCUUUCCCAGCAAUCUUAGCCCGGAGGCACACGACUUCCUGUCGGGUUGUCUCGUGAGGGACCCGGAUAAGAGAUGGACUGCCUCCCAGCUGCUUGCCCACCCCUUCAUCCAGAAAUCUCGUCUCUCCAUAGCUAAACCUGUAGUGCAUUUAGCAUUUGCAGAUGCUGCUGCAAUCCAAGGGAACAAGGAGGUCAAGCAGCAGCAGCAUCAGGAGGACGAGGAUGUAGAGGGACGGCAGAAGCGUUUCCCACAAAAGUUCAUUGAAGGAGUGAAGGAUGGGGGGAAGGAAUAAUCAUUUAUGCGAGAGGAAGGGGAAGGUGUUGAUGACGACACGUUAUGUGGUGAUGCUAGAUGGACUGGACUGUAGAAUGUGGGGCGUGUGGGUAUAUGGGUCCUUUCUUCUUAGGUGAUGCUGCGUCGACUGGGUGGUAAAAUGUUGGGUAACCAAGAGAAACAAGAGAAAAAGGACAGAAAAAGAGAAAAAGCACAAAGGAAAAGAGAAAUAACACAAAGAAAAAGAGAAAUGAGAGAAAAUAAAGAGCACACUGUCAC